AUGGGUAACUCGAGCACAAAAGAGUCUCGCCCCGAAGGCGACGCCUCUCGACGUUAUUCCCAACCGCUCGAUCCUUCUAUUCGCGAUCAUCUCCGAGAACGACAAGAUAACAGAUCAAGUCGCCGUAUCAGCAGAGCCGAAAUCAACAUCUUUGGCCUCGGCCCAAGCUCUUCCCGCAACCGCGAGCAACAAGAUGCCCCCUUUGAACGUCGCGAAACUAAGCAAGAGCGCGAGGCGAGGAGGUUAGAAAGGGAGCGUGUGGCCCGAGCGAAAGAACGGGAGAGGAGUAUACGUGAAGAGCACGUUGAUGGAGGUUAUCUGGUAACGUUGGGUACCUAUACUGGUACUGAGGAUUUUAGUAAGCCUGUCGUGAGACAGCUACAGGUCGAAAGAAAGCUUGCGCCUUUCUGGCGAGGCUUGAAUGAUUGGUCCUCAAGUUGGGCUGAGCAUCAACUUAUUGCUGCUGCUCGUGGUCUUCCUAUUCCUCCCGCCGAUGCGCCGCCCGACCCAGAGCUUAUCCCUCAACCAGCAGCAGCAGAAAACCCAUCCGCAUCCAACAACAACCUACAGAAUCUGACUGUCCCAAUGGGGCCCAGAACGCUUUCUGCGGCAUCAGAUCGUAGCGGGUCCAACACAGGGUCGGCUCUUCCCUCGCCAUCCACGGCUGGACCGGGAAAGACAGCUUUCAAGCCCCGAGCCAAAGCUCUUGCAGCUGCCCUCAGUGGAGGCUCGAGAAAUGCUUCGUCAACCGACUUGAGUCCCAAGGAGGUUUCUCUACCAUACGAUCCCUUUGUCAACGGCCAGCCUCUCGAGGUUUUCUUGUACAAGGAUGCUGAUGAGUGUCCUAUCUGUUUCUUGACAUACCCACCUUACUUGAACCACACCAGAUGUUGUGACCAGCCUAUCUGCAGUGAAUGCUUUGUUCAGAUCAAGCGCACUGAUCCCCAUCUCCCCGAGCAUCAUCCCAACGGCGAAGCUCGAGACCCCAACGAAGGACUCAACGCUGACGACCCUCCCGAGAUGCUCAUUUCAGAGCCGUCCGCCUGUCCCUACUGUCAACAACCUGAAUUCGGUGUCACCUACGAACCUCCCCCUUUCCGACGGGGCCUUGUAUUCUCGGGCAAUCCUCCACACAACACAGCCAUGUCCUCGCAGACCUCGUUAAGCAGUACUCUUCAGACUCCUCCUAUACCCGGCCGUCGACGCGCACAUAGUUUGUCUGCGAACGCGCCGAAUGUUAUAACGACUGACCGUGUACGUCCCGAUUGGGCAGCGAAGCUUGCAGCAGCACGGAACCACCAAGCACGCAGAGCGGCUGCUGCCACCGCUCUCCACACAGCUGCUUUUCUCAUGGGAGGAAAUGAGCAAAGAACCAUACUCCGAGCACCCAGACUCGGUCGAAGAAAUACACGAAACCUAGACACCGACGGUAACAAUGCUGGUUCCAGUGGGCAGACCCAGACUCAGGACGGCGCACAAGAUGAGGGGCCAGAACCCGGAGCUAGAGGCUCUUCGCGGAACGGCACAGGACGAAGGAACCGUAUGGAGGAGCUUGAGGAUAUGAUGUUCAUGGAAGCAGUCCGUCUGUCCCUUGCGUCUGAGGAGGAACGGAAACGAAAAGAGGACAAGGCCAUCCGAAAGGAGACCAAGAGACGAGAAAAGGAGGAGCGCAAAGCGGCCAAGAAGGGCGGCAAUCCCUAUAGCGGAAGCGCCAGCGGAGCCAGCGCCAGCAGUUUGUCUCUCGGUGGGCUGGGACGUCGACGUGGCAAUAGUACUGCCAGCAAUCUACGUGUGGAAGCGACCAUGUCGAGAGCUUCGCAAGCGUCGAGUAACCCGGACUCACCCGCAGAACCAAAGGCGAACGACAACACUGGAAAGGGCAAGGAGGUUGAUCGAAGCACAUCAGAUACGCAAGCCGGACCAGCUUCAUCGUCGAGUUCUCUGCCGCUACCGUCUGGCCCUUCGCGAGGGGGUUCACAUUUGAGACAAAUGAGCAAUGCUUCUUCAGCGGGAUCUUCUGUCAACGAUAGUCCCGUUGGUACAUACACUGGACCUGACUACCUUGGCACUGGCGCUGAUGAGGGUCCUCGGUCUAGUGGACUGAGCCUCGCCUACAGCGAUGAUGGAGAACGCGAUGGUGGAAGUGCUGGCUCUGAACCCAUGUUCAACUUUAGCAGCUUGGCUCAGAUGGUUGGUGCUGAUCUCGACAGCGGUUCCUUGCGCCAUGACGAAGGAGAGUCCCCCGACGGAACAGGAUAUGCCCGACCAUUAUCACAAGUGAAAGAGGAUGAUAAGGAAGAUGCAGAGGCAGAACACGUUGAGGGUGUAUCACCUGCUCAGAUCGAAGUUAUUCCCAGCAGUGGCCUAGCAACACCAGCAGUUAUGGUCACACCAGAAACUCCAGCCCCGGCAGAUGAUGCAGAACACGAGGAUAAGCAACUCGGACACUCACAGCUGCCGAUACGCACACACCAACCUGCCACAGAGCAGAAGGAUGUUUAG